AUGAGCCUUGAGCUCCGUGUGCAACACUUGGAGGAGUUGGUCUUUGAGCUCCGGCAACAGGUGGCCGAUCUUCAGCGCCGCCUUGAUCGCGCUCCCUCUCGGAGCUCUUCCUUUGAUCUUGUGCAAGCGACACAGCCCGAGGUUCCUCGCUCGAGCUCAGCGCCUCAGGAGCGUCAGAGAACUAGCACAGAGUCCGCCCGCACUACUUCGGAACCGGAGAUUGGGUUCUUCUUGAGGAGAUCGCUCAACGGAGAGCAUCGGGGUGCCAGUGGCAGGGAUCGCCUUGAGUUGCAGAGUAGGUUUUGGAUAGUCGUCAGGGAUUUCGCGGGCUUCACUCAUCGUCCGGUCACUGUGUGCAAAUCGUUCGCUGAGUGCGCGCGGCAUUGCAAGCGCGGCAGCGACUGUGGUGAUAGUAUUUUCGUAGGUCUCCCGGCCCGUCAGGACAUCAUAGCCGAGGAAGCUGGCUUGGAAGGAGAAGCGCUCACUGCUCGGGAUUGCGCAGCGGUUGGCGAGGGCUUCUUGGAUCCUCUUUGUCCUUUGUGCAUUUUGCCAUGUGGGCAAGACGAGCAGGGAGCCCAGGUUACAGUGCAUUGCUUGAUCGUUGGAGAGGUGCAAGGAAAGUUGAUGAUUUGUUUGCCGGCCGCCGCUUGGCACAGGACCAUCGCCAGGCGAACAGUCCCGAAGGGGUUUCUUUCGAAAGUGGUGGCCGCGGAAGUUGCCGCCGCAGCCCUCACCGACCGAGGAAACGAGGUUGCCGGUGUAACUGUGAGGGUUUGGCUUGGCCUUUGCGAAGGAGAGGCGGAGGCGACGAUUCAGGUGAGCGACACUGCCCUGGCCGAACUUUGGCAGUCUCAGGUCGCAGGUGCUGCACACUCGACUCCAAUGCAUUCCGCGUCCGAGGGUGUCGGGGCAGGUCUGUUGGAGCGGUUGUCUGCUUUGGAACGGUCGGUCGCAAAUCUUGCCACUGCAGCCUCGCAACACAGUGCGGAGCUUCAGGGAUCAUUAGGUGCAGCUCCAAAGUCGAAAGCCUCGUGGGCCCUGUUCAAGCGGAGCGCCGCGCCAAAGGCAGAGGAGGCCGAGCACGAGGGUCCGACCGAGGGGCUCUUCCCGGGCUUGGACAGAGGGGUGGUUGCAGCGGCUUUGGCAGCAGGCGUCAAGGCCGAUGCGCUAGCAGAGAUGAGCCGCAUGGUCACGUCGGCUCCUCAGCUUCGGGCCGAUGGGCCAAAAGCGGCGCCCAAGCACAGGGCGACAUCAGCCCUCGACGAAUCCGACGAGGAUCCGCCCCCCGAAGCUCAGGUGAGGCAGACUGUUCCCGAGGUUCCAGCGCCAACGGUUGCAGCCGACCCAGCCGAGGCGUUUGCGCAAGCGAUGGCCUUCGCUGCUGGCACUGUGGGUGGCUGGAAAAAGCUGCUGAUCAAUCUUUCGGUGGCCUGUCUGUCCUACGAGCAUAUGGGUUGCCCAGCUUCCUGCCCAGUGUUGAGGGGCAGGCAAAGACGUUGGGAUUUGCUUGGCCGGGCAGCUGCUGUCGGUUCGCUGCCUGGGCGGCCCGAUGUUGCCUCGAUUCCCAUAGUCGCUGAUCGUGUCAAGCUUCCUGCUUCACCUGCCUUUGACCUCGCUCCUUUUAUGGACCACACGACACGGGAGUUUUACCGGUUCCCUUUGCACCACGCUCGGGUUCCCGACCCGGAUGUUGAGCAGCCUCCUUUCGUAAAGAUUCUGGCUGAUCCCCAGCAAAAGCUUCUGCUCCUGCGCGGCCUCGCCCGUUCCGGUCGCUUGCGUGCCGUGCGUGAUGUCCCUGCCUCUCGCUUGGAUUGCUUCUACCAGUUCAAGGCUUCUGAGGAGCGUGUGGUGAGAAAUCACCUCGCCUGCCGACUCUCGCACGAUGAAGCCGGUUUUGUGUUCGAUUGUGAGCCCACAGCCUUCGGUGAUCAUGGUUCCCAUGUCUUAUGCGGGCUAUCUUCUCUCGCCAUGGGCGAUUCUUCAACUUGCGAGUUCGCUCAGUGCAGUCACCUCGGCGUCUUACUGCAAUCCCGGGCUGUGCAUCUCGGUGAGCUGCUGAUGCAAGCUCACGCCCCGCCGAGCGGAGUUCUCUCUGUGGGCUUGGUCAUAGAUGACCUCAUAGUGUUGCAGAAGUGCCUUGUGUCCCAGCUCACUGGCUAUCUCGAGAAGCCCGGUUCUUCCGGGGCCUCACGACGGCUCGAUGCCGCUCUGGCCGGGUAUGAUUCGGCUCAGCUGAGAUAUAGUGCCAAAAAGACUUUCAAGGACUGCACUCAGGCCGCUUUCUGCGGUAUCGACUGGUGCGGUCGCGCGGGUCUGGUGAGAGCGAGUCCGUCACGCUACUGGGCGCUGGUGCUGAUAACGGUCAGGGUUCUGCAACUUGGCCUCUCGACUCUCGAUACGAGCACUGCUGGAAAGCUUACUCGGUUCUUGGGUGGUACGCCGCAAACGAUCCUGCGGUUGUCUCCCGAGCUCAAGAGCGAGCUCUCUUCGUUCAUAUGCGUGGGGCACCUUGCCGUUGUCGACUUGAGGGCUUUGCCUCUGAAGACCGUUAUCGCAACUGACGCGUCAAGCUCCUGGCAAGCUGCUGUCAGCGCUGAGGUCGACCCGCUUGUCGUUGAAGAGUUCCAGCGCUUUGCUCUGCAGCGUGGUGCUUGGUCACGACUGUUGCCGCCGCCGGCCGCAUGGCUAAAAGAGCAUGAUUUGCUUGAGCCCGAGAGCGAGCUCCCUGGGGACACCGUGUUCACCGCUCACCCCGUUGCUGAAGCCUUCGCACGCGUGCCUGCCUUCCGCACCCGGUGGAGAAAGCCGCACAAAGCUCGCAUUCACGUUGCUGAGUUGGGAGCCUACUUGCAUGAGGAGGCACGUGUUGCCGGUCGUGUCCGUUGCGGCCGUCCGCUCUCAGGGUUAGAUUCUCAGGUUUGCUUAGGGGCUUUAGUGAAGGGUCGAAGCGCGAGCGGCGUCUUGAAUAAGAUGCUGCGUGCAUCGCUGGGGCCGCUCCUCGGCUCACGAUUGUUCCCCUUUCACCUCUUCCUGCCCUCAGCCUUGAACCCAGCAGACGACCCGACCAGGGACACGGAGGUGCGACGUCCCUCUUUGCAAAAACCUCACUGGUGGGAGGCUCUUGAGGCUGGGAACUCUUUGCCUCUCGAAGCCUUUCUCGCUGCUCUUCCUGCGCGGGAUUCCGAGCCUGCGACGUUUGACCAGGAUGAUCUGCUGUUGCUUGGUGGCUCGCGGCCUGUUGUGCUGCGGUCAAACCGAGAACGUGGGCUCUCAAAGCUCCUUGCGUGGAAAUACUCGCGUAGGGUCCGGAAUCCAUGUGCUGGCGCCUCCUUGGAUUUGGCGCUGCCUGGUGUGCUCGACCUCUGGUCUGGAAAGGGUUCUUAUGCCCGUGCCCUUAUCCGUGCGGGAGCUCCUUGGGUGCUGACUGUUGAGCCGAGCAGGGGUCCAGCCGAGGAUCUCAGCUCAUCUUCGCUGCGGGCUCUUCUCGAGUUGCUGGUCAGGCAAGGUGCUUUCCUUGUUGUUGGAGGUUCCUUCCAGUGUCCCUCACUUUCUCGGGCUAACCGCCCCUCGCUUCGCUCCGGCGCCUUCCCGUCCAGGCUGAUAACGGCCGCAUGGGCUUCGCAGCUUAGGGCGUCGUGUGCUUCCAAGAAGAUCCUGCAUUGGUUCAGCCAUCCUGAUGCGUCGUUUCUGUGGCGACUCCCGGGUUGGGACGACACUGUCUCUCCGCGUGCCACGACCAUCUUUCGUGCCGACAUGUGCCAGUUUGGGUGUCUGUGGAGAAAGCGCACUCGUGUGGCCAUUUCUUGUGGCCUGGCAGGGGCUCGCCUCCUCUGCCGUUCUUCGCAAAAACACUUACGACUGGUUGGCCAUGCUCGCGAGCACCGGUUGCCAUGGACUUCUGUUGCUUCUACCGUUCCGGCUGGGUUUGCCGAGAUUCUUGCCACCUCUCUUGCUGCAGCUGCUGGUUGGACUGAGCAGCGAGCUCUCGAUCCUUCUGCAUGCGCCAAGCUUGGGUGCAACUGCCGAGUUGGUGAAGCCAAGAACCCAGGCGCGCGCCGAGGCCUUCCUCGCCGCCACGGCGACCUUGAGAGUCGCCCGCUUCAAUCUCAGACUUCGCUCUUUUUGGGCACUUCGGCCUGGCUUUCCUUCCUGCGUUGGGCCGCCCUCUUCCUCUCGGUCGAUCCUGUCUCUCUCUUCGCGUCUUGUCCCGCCCUCGCUGCCAUGGCCCUUCGAGCUUACGGCAACGAGCUCUACUGCUCAGGUGGCUCUAAGCAUACGUCCAGGUACACUCUGGUGGGAGCUCAGAGGGCUCUGAUGACGCUGAAAGGUGCUCUGGGUCCAGCCUGGGAGUUGCUGACACGGUGGGAGGCUGUCGAGCCGACGAUUCACAGGACGCCGAUCCCGGAAGCCUUAAUCAAGGCGCUUGUGACACUGGGCUGGCUCCGUGGCUUCAGGAAGUGGAGUGGUUGUGCCUUGCUGGCCUUUUAUGGGAUGGCCCGUAUCGGAGAGGUUUUGAGCUGCACUCGCGAGCAGCUCGUUCUUCCUGAGGACCUUUUUCUGGCUACCAACGCGGUCUUUCUGCGCUUAGAUUCUUCUAAGACGUCUCAGCGCGGAAGGCCGAAGGUUCAACACAUACGUGUCGAUGACGAGUUGGCGAUGAAGAUCAUCAUCCUGGCCUUUGGCGAUCUGGGUGCCGGCGACCGGCUUUUUCCUCUGAGCCCGUCGGCCUUUAGAACUCGCUGGGACAGGCUUCUGCAGGCGCUCGCGUUGGGCGACGGUUGUGCGCUCACGCCAGGUGGGCUCCGUGGUGGCGGGGCUGUCGCUGCUUACCACCGCGGGGUGCCUGUGGCGGACAUACAGUGGAAGCUUCGCUUAAAGCAUAUGGCUACUUUGGAACAUUAUUUGCAGGAAGUGGCGGCUCUGUCCGCUCUUGGAAACGCAUCGCCUGAUGCGAAGGUUUACAUUCGUGCUGCUGUUCAGCUCUACCCGCACUUGGUUCAAAGCAGUUAA